GCUGCUGAACGUCAGUCAGUCAUGUCACUUUGGUGGUUGAGUUUGGCGCUGUUGUCGGCGCUAUUGUCGCUACUCUGUAUCUAUCUGGAGCGCACUUACAGCUACUGGGCGCGACGGGGGGUGUUGUACGAUAAACCGGUUUGGUUCUAUGGCAAUCUGAGGAGUGUGGGUAGAACGACAACGGUGCUGGAGCCAUUUCGCAGGUUCUAUGAGAAAUACAAGGGAAGGGCGCCAUUCGGGGGCUUCUAUUUUGCAUUGCGUGGCGCUGCAGUGCUGCUGGAUCUGGAGCUGGUGAAGCUGGUGAUGGUGAAGGAUUUCCAUAACUUUGCGCACCGUGGCAACUACUACAAUGAGGCGGAUGAUCCCAUUUCGGCGCAUCUGUUCAAUUUGGAUGGUCGCGAUUGGCGCGAGAUGCGCAACAGACUGACGCCAACGUUCACCUCGUUGAAGAUGCAUCAAAUGCUGCCCACCGUGGUGGAGAUUGCCAAUCGGUUUGUGAAGGUGGUGCAGCAAAAGAUUGAGCCGUUGCAGCAUGCCGAGGAGUCACCAGUGAUGGUGAAAGAUCUGCUGGCUCGCUUCACCAUGGACGUCAUUGGUAGCUGUGCCUUUGGCCUGGAGUGCAACAGUCUCAACGAUCCCAAUGACCAGUUCUGUCGCCUCGGCCAAAGGACCUUCCAGGAGCGGCGUCACGGUCGUCUUGCCUUCGCCUUCAUGCAGGCCUUUCCCCAGCUGGCCCGACGACUGCACUUCAAGAUGGUGCAGGAUGAUGUCAGUGCGUUCUUCAUGAGCGUCGUACGCGAAACUCUCGACUAUCGGGAUAAGCAUCAGGUGCAACGGAAUGAUUUCCUCAAUCUGCUGAUGGAGCUGCGCAACGAUCCGAAUGGUGGAUUGACCUUCAAUCAGAUUGCGGCCCAGGCGUUCGUCUUCUUUCUGGGCGGAUUCGAGACCAGUUCCAGCACCAUGGGCUUCGCUCUGCAUCUGCUCGCCCUGCACCCAGAGGUGCAGCAGCGUGGCAGGGAGGAGGUGCAACAGGUGUUUGCCAAGCACAAGGAGCUCAACUAUGAGGCCUUGCGGGACCUCAAGUAUAUCAAGCAAAUCGUUUAUGAAACACUUCGAAAGUAUUCCAUUGCAUCUAUACUCAUACGCAUGACCAUUGAGGAUUAUGAAGUGCCCGGCACAGAUUAUGUACUGGAAGCGGGCACACCUCUCGUCAUACCCGUCGAUGCCAUCCAUCACGAUCCGGACAUUUAUCCGGAGCCAGAGAAAUUCGAUCCGGAUCGCUUUACACCCGAGGCCAUCGAGGAGCGACACUCAGCUGCCUGGCUGGGUUUUGGUGCCGGUCCGCGUAAUUGCAUUGGCCUCCGAUUUGGCGAAAUGCAGACUCUGGUCGGUCUGGCUGUGCUCCUCAAGAACUUUAAGUUCUCGGCUGCCAAGGACACUGAAAUACCCCUGAGAAUCAACAAGACAAGCUUCUUUCUGCAAUCGGAGGGCGGAAUUGUGCUCAAUGUGCAGAAAGUAUAAAAAUGGUUGAGUAUAAAAAAUGGAAAAAUGUUUGUUUUUUAAGUCAAUGCUCCGAUUCGAACCAACGAUUUCUGUGUUAAAUGUCAUUAUUUAAAUUAUACUUAUAGCUGGGGUUUCUCCUUAAAAAGUGUCUUUAUUAAUGCUUAAGUUUUCUUGCACCAUUUCCGCCUGUCAAAAUGUUCUUAUUCUACUAUUAAAUAAAGAAUGUAUAAAUAUUUCCUAUGAG